AUGAACGGCUACACAAGCCCAUAUGCUAUUACCUACCACAUUCCCGGCAUAUCUGGCCAAUCCAGGACUGUUUUCUAUAAUGAAACUCGCUAUUCUUAUGAACUCAUUUGGUCAAUAGGCAGCGAUUUUUCGACGAUUCCAGAGGAUUCGAACGUCUCCUUCACAUUUACGCUCUCCAAGACCGGCGAAUCCAAAAAGCGAUACUUCAUAUUCGAAUAUGACUAUGUGUUGCGUCCAGUCAAUGCUACACUCGACAAUGAUGUCGGAGUUCCUGGCGAUACGUUCACACUGCUAGCAAUCUCUAAACCUAGCCAAAUCACCUGGGACAUCACAAUUGAAAUUUUGGAUAAAAACGAAAAAACUAAACCGAAACCAUACGCCAUAGGAAGUAACAAAAUAAUUUUUGAAGAAAAAGGUAUAUACAAAAUAGUUGCCAUUCCUAGCAUCGAAAUUAAUGGCAUAAAACUGACUGGUAAAACUUUAGAGGCUGCCGGUUAUAACACGACACAACGAUUCACAGUUUUCUCAGAAAACAAAAAUUCAGUAACAACGCAAGUUUGUGAGUCUAUCAGAUGCGAGACAGAUGAUGACAAAAAAGAAGUUGUCUUCUUCCAAAUCGAACAUAACAACUCGGCUUACACAAAUCCUAAAAAAGACACUCUGUCUUUUAAUCAAGUUGGCAUAUACAACGUGGUUUGUGCAAUGAAGAACGUCAAUGGUAAAACUGGUCCAAUCAAGACAGUGUACGGCAGCAUUGUAGUUAUCGGAAAGUAUAUAAAAAAAUCAUCGGUAAAACUUUUUGACUCCAAAACAGUCCCAAGUGAAAAAUACUCAAAACUAUGGUACAUGUGGUUCGCAGUCAUCCCGUUGAUUUUGUUCCUGAUAUGCGUCCUAUUAUGUGCCUACAUUGCCUAUAAACGUUACAAGAAAUCUAAAACGAAAGAUUUAUCAACGGCUGGCCAGUCAUCAACAGCAACUAAAGAUGCAGUAGAAUUAUCUGUUUGA